GUGACCCCGCUUCCCCGAGAGUCACCCGCCCGCUGCGCCCUAGCUUCGCCGGGCUAGAUCGGCUUGUUGGGACGAGGAGAGGUGGGCGCAAGAGGUUUAGUGCAGGUGUCCAGGGAGCGGGCGGAGUCCCUUUGUCCUUGGGCACCCAGGAGCUAGCACCCCGGGGGUCCCUCUUUGAGGAAGGUCGCGCGAGCUUCCCGCGACCUGUCUUUGUGCGGAGGGAGCCCCACGCAGCUUUUUGGGGGGAAGCCGCGUCCUUAAGGGUGGCGCCCGGGGGGUAACAAUGGGCGCCCAUUGUACUCCCGGGGCCCGCAGGCUCUGCCGCCGCUGACCCCCGCCCGCUCCGCGCGGCCCGGGCGCAGGUACCGCGGCGGGGUGGGUCUUUCGAGGCCGCGCGCGCCCUCCGCCCCGCCCCGGCCCUCCCCCGGCGCCGCCGGCCCCGCCCCGCGGGGCCCCGCCCUUCACAGGUUCAAGCUCGGCGUCCGGCCGCUGCGCGCUCAGUCCGCCUUGCACCUUCCUUCCCGGCCGCGGCCGGAGUCUACACCAGCAGGAGCGGGGGGCCGCGCCUGGAGACCCGCCGCCUCGCGCGCCUUUACGCCGACUCGGAGUGAAUAGUGCUGUGAGGUGCCGCGCGGGCCGCCCCGGCAGGAUCUGCGGGUAACGGGCUGGGACUGCGUGAGUCCUCGGGAGGCGUCCGUGCGGGGCGUCCCGCCCAGGGGCAGCGACUGGGAUCGUCGGGGCUGCUGGUUUCUCCCCACUGUGGAAGGGGUUGGAUGACGGAACUGGCCCACCAGGACGCCACCCGUGGCUGUGACUUCAGGAAGGCCUCUUAAACCCAGGCUCCUUUCAGAGCCACUUCUGGAAGCUUCUUGAGAAAAAUGAUGUGACAGAUCCUAUCAGAAAGGAUAUUCGGAAACAAGAUCUGCGAAGAAAGUGGCCCUUUUCCCUUUGGCAAAGCAGACCUUCUCCGACUCCAAAAUGCCAGCCAAGACCCCAAUUUACCUGAAAGCUGCCAAUAACAAGAAAGGAAAGAAAUUUAAACUGAGGGACAUCUUGUCCCCCGAUAUGAUCAGUCCUCCUCUGGGAGACUUCCGCCACACCAUUCACAUCGGCAAAGAGGGCCAGCAUGACGUCUUUGGAGAUAUUUCUUUCCUCCAGGGGAACUACGAGCUUUUGCCGGGAAACCAGGAGAAGGCCCGCCUGGGCCAGCUGCCCGGCCACGGCGAGUUCUUCCGGGCCAACAGCACGUCCGACUCCAUGUUCACAGAAACGCCCUCCCCGGUGCUCAAAAACGCCAUCUCCCUGCCGACCAUCGGAGGCUCCCAGGCGCUCAUGCUGCCCUUACUGUCACCGGUGACGUUUAGUUCUAAGCAGGAGUCCUUCGGGCCGGCCAAGCUGCCCCGGCUCAGCUGUGAGCCCGUCGUGGAGGAGAAGGCCCCGGAGAAAAGCGGUCUGUUGGAGAAUGGGACAGGCCACCAGGGAGACAUGUCCUGGGGCUCCAGCGGGUCCGCGUCCCAGUCCAGCCAGGGCAGGGACAGCCACUCCUCCAGCCUCUCUGAACAGUACCCCGACUGGCCGGCCGAGGACAUGUAUGACCAGCCUGCCCCGUGCGAGCUCGUCAAGGAAAAGACUAAAUCAGAGGAGUCCCUCUCCGAUCUCACGGGGUCCCUCCUCUCCCUGCAGCUCGAUCUGGGGCCCUCGUUUUUGGAUGAGGUGCUGAAUGUCAUGGAUAAAAAUAAGUAACAGCCACCGCCAACUCUGGUCCUCGGGGGUAGAAGGUAUCAAAAAAUAAAAACUAAACCAACCACAGUCCAAGAGGAGAGCAUCGCUGGCUGUGUUUGCCGUUGUGUGAUAGGUUUUCUAAAAUAAUGUUCCUACAAAGUAUUUUUUGCACCUGUUACGCCCUGUUUGCAAAAACAAAACAAAGCAAAAGACUGUCCUGGCAGAAAGAAAGUGAGUCAGUCAGGACCCAUUUUUUUUCGGCGGGUAUUGCUGAUGUUCAGCUCAUGUUUUCUGCUUCCAGACACGUAAGAAAUCUGGCUUGGCCAGGACUGGCACUAGUUACGAAGGGCUGCGCAAGUCACGUUAAAGAACUUCACAGUACUCUAGCAUUUCCUGGGCAGGAAGAAGUCAAAAUUUAUUUAACACCUAAGCCUUUUUUCUAGACUCUUUUCUAGAUUAUAUCAUUUGGGCUCGCCAUAGCAAAUUCUUCAGUGUUAAAACUAUUUCUGUUUUCACAUUUGAACAACUUUUUGGGUUCAGGGGAUUUUCUUGUAGCUCUUUAUAUCCCUAUAUAUUCUAUCUAUCUCGCGAAAUUCUGACUGUCCGCUACAUGUUGGUAAGACACAAGCAAAGUAUUACUGUAACUAAGUUAUUUUUAAAGUUAAAAUAUAUUUUUAUGUGCCUUUGGCUUUUUAUUGCAGAGUCUACAUUUUAUAGAUAUUACAUCAAAUGUCAUUUGACUUGUUUCCAUGUGGGGUCCCAUUGUAAGCUGCGUAUGUAUAUGUUUGGAAAAGUGUAUUCAUAUUUAGCUUUAUUUCUUUUUCUUCAUCUGUUAAUCAUACUUUUCACAGCACCCAGCAAUGGAUUGUAAAGUAUAAAGGUACAGGUUACUCAAGAUGCUUCUGCAGAGACUGUGGGCUACACCAUAUAAUGUUAUUUGGAAAUAUAGGUAUUUUAGUACAGUACAUACUUGCAUUACAUAGGUACUUCAUGCAACACAAUAAAGAGUAAAUGUUAAAAUGAA